GAUCGCGACUCGAGCCGGAGCCCAAGCCCGAGCCGGAGCCGACCUGAGCCUGGGCAGAGCCCUCCGGCCGCUCUCCCGCGCCCCCCGGCCGCCCUCCGCGCUUCUCUCGGCUCCGCGCCCGCCCCCGCGGCCUCUCCUCCCAAUGAAACUGGCCGCGAUGAUCAAGAAGAUGUGCCCGAGCGACUCGGAGCUGACCAUCCCGGCCAAGAACUGCUACCGCAUGGUCAUCCUCGGCUCGUCCAAGGUGGGCAAGACGGCCAUCGUGUCGCGCUUCCUCACUGGCCGCUUCGAGGACGCCUACACGCCCACCAUCGAGGACUUCCACCGCAAGUUCUACUCCAUCCGCGGCGAGGUCUACCAGCUCGACAUCCUCGACACGUCCGGCAACCACCCGUUCCCCGCCAUGCGGCGCCUCUCCAUCCUCACAGGAGACGUUUUCAUCCUGGUGUUCAGCCUGGACAACCGCGACUCCUUCGAGGAGGUGCAGAGGCUCAAGCAGCAGAUCCUUGACACCAAGUCCUGCCUCAAGAACAAAACCAAGGAGAACGUGGACGUGCCCCUGGUCAUCUGCGGCAACAAGGGUGACCGGGAUUUCUACCGCGAGGUGGAGCAGCGCGAGAUCGAGCAGCUGGUGGGCGACGACCCCCAGCGCUGCGCCUACUUCGAGAUCUCGGCCAAGAAGAACAGCAGCCUGGACCAGAUGUUCCGCGCGCUCUUCGCCAUGGCCAAGUUGCCGAGCGAGAUGAGCCCGGACCUGCACCGCAAGGUGUCAGUGCAGUACUGCGACGUACUGCACAAGAAGGCGCUGCGGAACAAGAAGCUGCUGCGGGCGGGCAGCGGCGGCGGCGACCUGGGCGACGCCUUCGGCAUCGUGGCGCCCUUCGCGCGCAGGCCUAGCGUACACAGCGACCUCAUGUACAUCCGCGAAAAGGCCAGCGGAGGCGGCCAGCCCAAGGACAAGGAGCGCUGCGUCAUCAGCUAGGAGCCCCCUCCGCGCUGGCGACACAACUUGAGGACCUUUUUGUUUAAAAGUCAGAUCCCACGCCCUGGUUGGCCCCGUGGCCCCGGGCCACGAGCGCGCGCGCGCGGACUGGCGUCUUCGCCCCCCGCGACCCGGCCUCGCGCACUGGGGAGGCGCCACCAAACCGAGGAGGGACGGUCAUCUGCUCUGGAAGUAAAGAGAACUGGCUAAGACUGGGACGCCCCCCUCCCCCGAUUUCCCCAUCGGCGCCCACCACCCCCACGACUUGGGGGGCAAGGGUCCAGCAGAGGGUGGAUUUGUCUUGUUUCUCACAAAGACCUAGGAAUAGCGUGGGGAGGGGGUGGUGUGAAGUUAAUCAGCCUCUAUUAGGCUUCAAGAAGCUAUCCUGCGGGCUGGAGGGUCAGGACCAAGGGGGCAUUAUUUUCUCUCUGAUUCUGGGUUGCCAUGACAAUUGGCAAAAGCCUUUGCCCU